AUGACGUAUGUCCCGGCUUCUUUCGCUCAGCGGACAUACUGUAGCGAGUCGCUGUCGCGCAGGCGCAUGUUGUUGGCUGAGUGCUUUCGAGCCAAAAACACAAAAGUCGCCCCUCUGGAGCUGCAGCGAAACUCGCUGUCCUCGCCGCGGUCGUCAACCACCGGGAGCUCGGGGCCGGCCUCACCGUUGUUCACAAAGUCGCCUCUGCCUCUCCCGGCCGCCACAGCAUCCGCGACCGCAGAACCCAAAGCCAUACGGAUGCUCCCGGCCCUGAGAAUGAGAUCACAGUCGACGCCGGUCUCCAAAACUGACGGCACACAGAAGCCAGCGCUGGCUCUUCAAGACAUCAUGCUGCAAUCGGGCACAAUCUCGGUCGGCAGCGUCACCAUGCUCAACGCCGGCACCCCGAACAAUGGGAUGCCGGGCAGCCCCUAUCCAAACUCCCCAUCGAUCCCGCCGCGCCGCAAGGGCGGCAUCGCCCCGAUUCCGGACCAGCAUUUCUCGGGAUACCCCACCUCUAUCGGCAAUCGCGGAAGCGCCACGUACAUGGCCGAGUGCCCUGCGGCCAGUCUCUCGGCGAAAUCUAUGACCUACAGCGAGUUUAUCAUGACAGACACCAACUCGAAAAAGCACCGGCGGAUCCUCUAUAUGAUACGCAAGCUCAAUGCCGAGAACCAAUCGCUGCAAGUGUCUGCUCGCGAAUCCGCGGUCUCCAAGCGAUCAAGCAGAGCGAGUUCUGCGGCUACAUCGCCUAUCGAAAAGUCACCCAAGGGCGAGGCUCCGUCCCCGAAGAAGAAACCCGCUGCACUCACCAAGCUCAACAACCUCAUCAUGAAAGGCAAAAGAAGGAAGAGGACACGAGCAGGGAUCUUCCACCUCCUCUUUCUGGCGAUCCGAGAUUUGAAGACCUCUCUGGCGUGCUCCUUGAUCGAGGACCUCUCCGCAGCAACCUUGAAGAAGAAGCGACCCGAAGAGUCCCGAAAGAUCUUCGUGAUGGCGAUGGUGAACUGCAUGGAGCCUGUCUGCAUGAUGAUGCUCGAGAAGGGCUUUCCGGUGAACGUCAACGCACCAGCGAUGGAGUCGAGGAAUCCGAGGUUUAUAUUCCCGUCGUACUUUGUGGUUGCGGUGGCUCUUGGCCUCGACAACGUGGUCCGCACGAUGAUCAAGAGGUGCAAUCCGAGCGUCGGAUGGUACAAUCUCACGCCCUUGCAUGUUGCCUGCUGCAAGGGCAACAUUGGCGUGGUCCAGGUGCUGAUAGAGCACAAUGCCGACAUCACCGCCGGCCUCCCACUGAGGGAGUAUACGCUCCUCCAGAAGCUGAAAAGCGACAAAUCCAAGGCCGUCCAGAGCAAGCAGAACAUUUUCUCGACCAUCAGGCAGUGGGGCUCAAGCCAGCCCAAGGUCGACGCUGUGGAUGACAAUCCAGCCUGGAAGGACGCCAAGAUCUUGCCGGUUGAGCUUGCGGCAGCAUGUGGGCAUAUUGAAGUGGUUCGAACGAUUCUGUCAAGGAUCGAUGGAAAAAUGCUGGCCAACUCGUGCUUCUCACUCCUUGUCCAGCGCGAUUUGGAGAUGAUGGUUCUCUUUAUCCGAAUCGGGGCCUCGGUGGAGAUGAAGGACUUUAAAGGCUCGACGCCGCUGCACCUGUGCGCACGCAUGGGUGUCCUGGAAGUGGCCAUCGGACUGGUGCAGCUCAAGGCCAAUGUUAACCAAAAGGGCGAAAACGGGUGGACUCCGCUCCAUGAAGCGAUGAGCCAGAAGCGGAAGAUGAUUGUCAAAUACCUACUCAUGUCUGGUGCUGAUAAAACUAUCGUGAACGAUGCCGGCGAGACUGCCGAGGAGCUGGGCGCACGAGUCGGGCUAUCCCACGAAGAGAUCGUGGCGCUCAUGGACUACAGCAAAGAGGCAGCAGAGCUCAAGGCGAUCGAGGAGAAUGUCAUUGGCUCCAUCAUCCGGAUCAUGACCGGGGUCGUUGACAUGGGCUCGCCAGGCGCGAAGAAAGGACCAAGGCGACGAACACUGUCGUCGUUCCUGCAAAAGAGCGCACUCAACGCCAGCCAAUCGUCCGUGGUGAUCACCAACACAUCUGUGGUCUCGCUCUCGAACGACGACUCCCAGUCGCCCGGACAGAGCCCAAAGAACUCGGUCCGAAGCCUCUCCAACCCGGCCGGCACAGCGUCGCCGAGCAAGGCCAGCUUCCUCAACAAGCUCAUGGGCAAAAAUAAGGAGCCGAAGGAGGGUGCCUCCGGGGGCUCCUGAUUGCCAGGAAGCAUGUGCUGCC